GAGAGAGAGAGACAGAGAGAGAGAGGAAGAGAGCAGGACCCAGAAAGACAGACAUACAGAGAGAGAGAGAGAGAGAAGCUAGAGGAAGAGAAGUGAGUGUGGUCAUCUCAAUGGUCUCUGCUGUAACACUGAAUCUGAACGGAAUGGAGGGAUUAAACGGAGGGAUUUAAACCUUUUGGAGGAAGAAGAAGACCGAGUGACAAAAGAAGGAGUAUUUCAGGAUCGGGAGAGCAGCAGGAUUGAAAGGAGUCUAGGUGGUGGUGUCCAUGGGUCCCGUCAUGCCCCCCAGUAAGAAGCCUGAGGUGUCUGGCAUCAGUGUAGCCAGCGCCAGCAUGUCCCACCUCUACCAGACCGGCUCGCUGUCCCGCGCCCUGCAGGAGGCUGAGGAACUUGACCUGGUCCUCCCUGUCCACCUGGCCCUCCCCUUGGCACCCCUCCCAGGUGGGGCCGCCAAACCAGAGAAAGGCACCGCCACCCCGGGUAUGGAGGACGAGGAGUUGACCAACCUCAACUGGCUCCACGAGAGCAAGAACCUGCUCAACAGCUUCGGAGACCCCGUGCUGCGCAGCGUCAGCCCCGUGGGCGGCGAGGGGGGCGGUACCCGCGACGGGGACCAUGACGACACCCCGCCGUCGCCGUCGAUGGUGGGCGGGGACCUUCCAUACGACGCCCAGCGUAACCCCAACUGUAAACCGCCCUAUUCAUUCAGCUGUCUGAUUUUCAUGGCCAUUGAGGACGCUCCGUCCAAGAGGCUACCCGUGAAGGAGAUAUACACCUGGAUCCUGGAACACUUCCCCUACUUCGCUAACGCUCCCACAGGCUGGAAGAACUCUGUCAGGCACAACCUGUCCCUCAAUAAGUGCUUCAAGAAGGUGGACAAGGACAGGAGCCAGAGCAUUGGGAAGGGGUCCUUGUGGUGUGUAGACCCUGAGUACAGGCAGAAUUUGAUUCAGGCGUUGAAGAAGACACCUUACCACCCUCACGCUCAGGUCUUCUCUACUCCCCCCACCUCUCCUCAGGCAUAUCAGAGCAUGUCCAGUCCUCCUAUAUGGCCAGGGAGUCCCUUCUUCCGAAAAAAUGGAGGGGUCCUCCUGCAAGUCCCUCAGGGAGUGAUCCGGAACGGUGCCAGUAUGAUGAGUCAGGGCCUUUACCCAGGAAUACGACCACUGCCCAUCAAUCCCUUAGAGAGCAGGACAGCCGCAGUCAGAUCUGUGCUGUCCGGAGGCUGUCGGAAGCAUAGCAUCACCCAUCCCGCCUGCGACUCCCCGUUGGUCAGCAGCGACCCCAAGGAGGACCACACCUACAGCACCAACCAAUCGGAUGACGGCAGCGACUACACCAGCGACUCCAGUCUCCGCAGCAACGGCCCCGUCGCCCGAGAUGUCGCCAACGAUUCAGACUUCGACGACGAGGAUGAUGAAGAUGACAAGAGCAAGAUUCAGCUGGAGAUCAAGAAGGAAGAGCCACGCGAUUGGCCCAUAGACACGAUAGACUCCGCCCUUUCCAGCCAGCAGCACAACAAGAAGCGGCAUCACUUCCUGAAAGCCAAGCAGCGGAUGGGUGUGGCUAGUGAUACGCUCCCGCUGAAAAAGCGGCGCACGGAAAAGCCGCCAGAGAGCGACGACGAGGAGAUGAAGGAGGCGGCGGGUUCGCUGCUCCACCUGGCGGGCGUCCGCGCCUGCUUGAACAAUAUCACUAACAGAACCGCCAAGGGCCAGAAAGAGCAGAAAGAACCCACGAAAAACUGACCCAUGAGACUUGAGAGAGAAAGAGAGACUGAGAGAGUGAAGAUUUUCAAAGAAAAAAAAAGGAGAGCGAGAGAGAACGGAAAUACAAAACAUCACUUUUAAUAUAGAAAUGUGUGCUUUCUUUUUUUCAGGAUAUCAGGUGAAUUCUGAAUGAUUUGUGGCAAUAUAAAAAACAAUCACUUUGUUUUCCUGUAUUUAAAGUUACUGUUUAUAGGGUUGGUUUUCUUUCUUUUCUUUACGUUUUUUAAAAUUAUUUUUUAUUUGUUUAAAGGAGAUUAAAGCCAUAGAUGAACCUUUUUCUGAUAUUCAGCUAAGUUCGCAGGUUUCCGUUGGCUGAAAGUAAAGUGAGCGAGAGAAAAAAAUAGCUUUUUGAAAAACUGCCCCAUCGUGGAUUGGCUUGGAUGUAUGAAUAGGGGAUCCCCUUGUUAAUGUCAAAAUGUACCCAAUCUGCAGCUAUUGCCCUUUACAGUCUCAUCAGAUGCAGCUAACACUAAGUACACUUCUACAGACUCAUAACUUGUUACUUCAGUAGAAUUUACAGGUAAAACGUUAUUAUGAGGUGCUUAUCACGGACUAUUUUGUUUUUACAGUGAUAUACAUCAUUCAAAUGAAAUAAAGUUAGUAUUCAGGGUCAGAUCUGCAUUGAUGUCUAUGGGCUGCAUAUUUCAGUUAGGAUGUGACAAUAUACAUAAAUGUCACAAUAACCAAGCACAAAUCCACAUGCUAUACUGGCUAAAGCAAUGUUUAUAUUAGUCAACUAUUCCACUGAAGUAACACAGGUAUAUGCUGACAUGGAUAGGAGUGCCACAGAUAAACAUAGUUUGGCAAACUAUCCCCUGUGUUGGGUACCAAACUUUCAAAAACAAUGGCAUUCUAAUUUGCCUUGGAACUUCCGGUGCUACAAAGGCGGCUAUAAAAAAAUAUAUAUAUAUAUAUAAAACCCAGUUUGCCAACUCUGUCUUGUCUGUGUGCAAGGAAGCUGCCACAGAAAAAAUGUUCCAGGAAAUUCCGGGGAAGUUGUUAGCUUUAGUGACUAUUAGCGUAGCCAUCCCCAUAGAAGAGACACUCAUCAGUAGCGUAGCCGACCCCGUAGAAGAGACACUCAUCAGUAGCGUAGCCAACGCCAUAGAAGAGACACUCAUCAUUAGCGUAGCCAACCCCAUAGAAGAGACACUCAUCAGUAGCGUAGCCAACCCCAUUGAAGAGACACUCAUCAGUAGCGUAGCCAACCCCAUAGAAGAGACACUCAUCAGUAGCGUAGCCAACCCCAUUGAAGAGACACUCAUCAGUAGCGUAGCCAACCCCAUAGAAGAGACACUCAUCAGUAGCGUAGCCAACCCCAUAGAAGAGACACUCAUCAGUAGCGUAGCCAAACCCAUAGAAGAGACACUCAUCAGUAGCGUAGCCAAGCUCAUAGAAGAGUCAGUUUAUGUGUGUCAGUGUUGGGACAGUGUCAAAGAGAAACUCUUGGUCAGCCCAGUGAUGAUGGUAGCACUUACUUAGCUAACUGUCCUUCUGACCGCUAAUCACAUUUAGCCACCAGCGCUAGCUAGCGUGCCAAUGCAGAGGGGAGAGUUAGGUUUUCACCUUAAUGGUUGACUGUAGGACUGUAGUGGGAUGAAGGACACUGGUACAAGUUAGAUGUAGGAAAGGCUUCGUUUUUUUGACAGGGUGUUCUCUAAAUGUAAACUAAUUUAGUUCGCUAAAAGCCAUAAGCUAAUAGUCUAGCAAGCGCUUAUCGGAGAGGGAAAUAACUGAUAAAAUGUCAAGAUAACCUCAAAACUGCCUGUGUCCUUUUAUGAAAGCAAUCAACGUGAAUCAUUGAGUUAUAAUCCAGUGACAUGAUGUAGUGAUAUUUUUCCUGUGGCACUAACACCUGAAUACCUUCAUUGGUUGGAAAGGGAAUGAUGCUAUGGAACCUGCCAAUUAUAUUUUGUGUGAGAAGAAUAAUGAUAUGACUGUGGAGUUGUUAAUUUUUGUGUUUGUUUUUUUUGUUUGUGUUUACUUAUCCACUCUCAUGACGUAAUAAAGCAAUUUCAUCCAGUCAGGAUAACACUGUAUAAAGAGUUAAACUAGAUUUUGAUUUUUUUUUUUGAAGCAAUGUAGCCAGCAGGAUUUUUCCAAAUCGUGUUGCAUGGGUUCUGUAAAGAAAAAGAGAAAAAAAUGUUUUCUAUUCAGACAAAGUUCAUGUUAGGUAAAUAAUGUAUUUAGCAUGAAGCAUGAAUUAUUUUCAUAUAAGUAUCCUAGCGAACAAAAAGGUUCCGCCUCGAAGUUCUGCGCCCGGAGGUGUGGAAUGCUUCUCGGUUGUCUUGUCCUCUUCUUUUUGACUUGAUAAUUUGUUUCCUGUCGUCCUUACUCAUCUUUGUUUUAACGUGGGCUUUGGAAAAAAAAUACAGUAAUAACAUCUUGUUCGGGGACAAAAAGACGGUCUGUGGGGCAAGUCUCUUUCUGCAAUAUGAGGAUAACUCGCUCCAACCGUGGAUACAGGGAUAGAUAGCAACUCCCUUCAUCCAUAGUUGACAAAACCAGAAUGUCCCAGUGUUUGUAUGUAGUCGCUAGAUGGCCACGCUAGAAAAGACAACAUUUUAAAAACUUCUUGGCAUGAAGAUCAGUUAUUUGUGGACUGAAAGCACCAAACUUUCAGCGUACCUCUGUACUCUCUAGCAUGGCCGUAUAGUGACGACUGUGUCUGAUGGGUUCACCCUGACGGCUGAAUGUUGGAGCCCAUGUGAUAAAAGAGAGUUUAGGUAGUGAGUGUCAGUCUUCUGUUCCCCAUACCCCUCCCCUCUUCUCUGUGCCUGUUCUUCCAUCACUUCUUUCUUUUCUAAGGUUUUAGACGUCUUUGAUAUUUCAGGGUCUUCCAUUUUUUUCAAUGACACAAGAGUUUUAACCGAGUAAGUGUUUUUUAUGUCGUUGUUCGUUUUGGGUUUAUUUCACGUCUCUCGCUGUGUUUUUUGCCAUUUCUACUCGAGCAACUCUUCAGGUCUUGUUGUCAGUAUUAUUAGGCAGGCUACCAUAGGCUCGUUGCGCAUGAAAGGAACACAAAGUAAAUGACACAGUGCGAUGGCAAGGUAAAUACGAACUCUACAGUGCAUAUUUUCACGUUAUCUCGCCAGAUUGCACUAAGAUAUUCAAAUAAAGAUAUUGUCUAAGUUCAGUGCCAAAGCCUGUAAUAAUUCCUUAUCUUCCUGAAAUAGAUGACACGUAUUUGAUCUGUAUGUCAAGACAAAAAAAUGACCAGUGAGCUGUAGCAUUUCUGUCAGAUACCCUUUCUGCGUUAUGUGCUACUGAUUUUUGUUGAAGCCUACCACAUGACUUGGAUUUUUUUUUGCUACCGAUCAUUGCUCAUUGGGAUGAUUUUCAUUUUUAGUUGAAUAUAACACCCUAUAUCUCAUAGUGCACUACUCUUGACCAGAGCUAACCCAGAGCUAACUAACCCAAUGUGGCUCGGGUCAAAAGUAGAGUGCUACAUGGGAAAUAAGGUAUCAUUUGAAAGAGCCCUGGAUUAAGAUGAGGUGAUGAGCUUCUGUCUACUAGACUGCUUCGUGUGUCAAUGUAUCUUCAACUGAUAAAUGUAUUAUAUGAUUUAUUCCCAUUGUUUGUUACGUUACCCUUUGAGGAACACUGCCUUCCUUGGACGAUAGCAGUCACUCGAUAACUCUUCCUCCAAUCACAAUCCUGCAGGUGCCACAAUGUUGGAGGAGGAAGACGUGUUCUGAAAAUAUUGAAUAUGAAUUAUUAUCAAUGAACUGUCAAAAUUAGCCUGGCAAAUAAUGAUAUAUUGAUGAGUCAAAAAAAAAGUGUUUAUUUGUUUCAUUGUGUUUUUUGUUGAUAUUUUGUUUGGUUUAUGUCUGUUCAACUGCCAUUUUUCAGUUUAUUGUUUGGAGGGGUUUUCUGAGGAGGAGGAGAAGAAAGAGCAAUGGAUCGUCAGUUCCAAGUUAUUUGUAGUACACUUCACCUGGUAAUCAUGGAAACUGCAUGGUACCUUAUGGCACAAAUUCCAAUAGAAUCGGCUACUAUUUGGUCUCAAAGGAUCCGUAGUUGUGCUAAUCGCUGAAACGACUGUCAGCAAUUUCGUUACACCACUGUUAUUGGUAACAAAGAAACAAAAUACCAAAAAGUUACCAUGUAGUUUCUAUGUAAAUAACAGGUAGGUGGUGUUCUGUAAAAACAUGCUACCGAUCAUUUCUGUGUCCUGUUUUUGAACCAUGUAGUCUUGAUGGCAUGACCUUACAGCUGAUCUGUUAAUAUGGAGACCGACCUCCGUAGGUGCGUUCUGUAUUUCCUUGACGUGUAUUCACAUUGCCAAAGACAAACUACUUCAUCAAUUCAUGUAAAUAUCACCUUGUCCAUUACUAUGACGAAAGUAUGUUUGUUUAAAAAAAAAAAUGGUUUUGUUUUUCCGAAGAAAACAAAAAGCUAACAUAAAGUUUCUGUGUUGUAUUGUCUUCCAGCUGCAAUAAAAGAAAACCGCAUUGCAAAAAGUUA